GCCAAUCACACAAAAAGAAACUUUGGGGGCGUCCGCAGUGCAGGCUGACUGGGCGACCGGUUGGCUUUUCUCGUUGGGGUCUUUGGGAGUCACCGCUCCAGGAAGCGAGAUGUCGAAGCCGCCUCCCAAACCAGUCAAACCAGGGCAAGUUAAAGUCUUCAGAGCUUUGUAUACGUUUGAACCCAGAACUCCAGAUGAAUUAUACUUUGAGGAAGGUGAUAUUAUCUACAUUACUGACAUGAGUGAUACCAAUUGGUGGAAAGGCACCUGCAAAGGCAGGACUGGACUCAUUCCAAGUAACUACGUGGCCGAACAGGCAGAAUCCAUUGACAAUCCAUUGCAUGAAGCUGCAAAAAGAGGCAAUUUGAGCUGGCUGAGAGAGUGUUUGGACAACCGAGUGGGUGUCAAUGGCUUGGACAAAGCCGGAAGCACUGCCUUAUACUGGGCCUGUCACGGCGGGCACAAAGAUAUCGUGGAAGUGCUGUUUACUCAGCCGAAUAUUGAACUGAACCAACAGAACAAGUUGGGAGACACAGCUUUGCAUGCUGCUGCCUGGAAGGGUUAUGCAGAUAUUGUCCAGUUGCUUCUGGCAAAAGGAGCUAGAACAGAUUUAAGGAACAAUGAGAAGAAGCUGGCCUUGGACAUGGCGACCAAUGCUGCCUGUGCAUCUCUCCUGAAAAAGAAACAGGGAGCAGAUGCGGUUCGGACAUUAAGCAAUGCUGAGGACUAUCUUGAUGAUGAAGACUCUGAUUAAUUCCAUUCUGGAGCUUGAGAUCUAAAAUUUCUGUUGCCUUUGCCAUUCCAAAAACCUUGUCUUUGCCAGAAGAGUGUUGGAAACUUUUUUUUUUUUUAUAAAAGAAUAUAUGAAUGUGGCAGUGUUGCACCAUGUUUGAGUAGAACAUGUAAAUGAAUAGUUCUCAUCUUUGGUUUGCCAAUAAGUGACUAGUUACCGUGCUGUAUAAAAUACAUUUAUGUUCACCAGAGUAGAACAAGAAAAGAUUAUUUCUAUUUAUCAAGCUAAACGAAGUUUAAGAAUCAAGAUUUGUGUUUUUUUGUUUUUGUUUUUGUUUUUAGUUAAAGUUCUUUACCUCAAGGAUUGAGAUAUUUUUGAAUGGGUUUUUCGGGGAGGGGUGCUUAUUAUAAUAAUAAACCAGAAUACUUAACAGAAAUUUGUCAGCUAUUCUGACAAAAAUAAACAUUUUAAGAGACUUUA